UCCAGGGCCCCCGAUUUGACUAACCGCUUCUGAUCCUGCAAACGCUUUUGCUCAACGAACUCCGUUUUCAUGCACUAAAGUCUGAGCAGAAAUCCCCUCGGUCUCUGCAGCGUGUUUGCGAGGUUGUUCUAGUUGUCAGUUUGGUGGAAAUCCCCCACCUAUGUGUUAACUCCGCCCGCUGCUGCAGCCAGACACACAGAGAGGGCAUUUACAGGCUGCUGCGCACACAUUCAGCCACAGUACAACAAGGACUGCCAGAACCAACAUGGACCUCCACCGGACCAGUAUAUUAAACCAAAUGGAUUACAGUCGGGGGUCCAAAGAUGGGAAGGCGGCCCAGUCGACGGAGGAUCGGCUGGACAGCGGCGUGGACUCGCUAAAGGAGGAAGAGUUCCAGGCUGUGGCGGAGGAGAUCCAUCGGCUCCAGCUGGAGAGUGAACACCAACAGGCCGCUGCUCUAAUCGAAGAGCCGCUGCAGGAGUGGCAGACACAGACUACAGACGAAGGAGACACGCUGCUCCACUUGGCCAUCAUCCACGAGGCAAAGGACUACAUCAAAAGAAUGAUUGACCUUUCAAAGAACACAAACUUCCUCAAUGCACAAAAUGACCUGAGACAGACUCCUCUCCACUUAGCAGUAAUAACAAACCAGCCAGACGUGUGCUACAGUCUCCUUACAUCUGGCUGCGACCCCACGCUGGUGGACAACAGCGGUGACACACCUCUUCACAUUGCCUGUCGCCAUGGUAACCUCCACUGCUUCAGCGUUAUCACGCAGAACUGCAGGUUGGAGCACCUACACACGACGAUGGCUACCAGCAACUAUAAUGGUCAAAACUGCCUCCAUCUGGCUUCAGUUCAUGGCUUCCUCUCGUUGGUGGAGAAAAUGGUUGAUCUUGGAGCAGAUAUCAAUGCCAAAGAACAGCACAACGGUCGCAACUCGCUGCAUCUAGCCGUGGACCAACAGAACCUCGCUCUGGUCAAACUCCUACUGAAGAAAGGAGCAGACCCCAACCUCCUCUCCUCCGGGGGCCACACUCCCUGCCACCUCACCUACGGUUUGGACAAUUGCGACAUCCGGAAAGAGCUUUUCCCGGUGACCCAUCCGGACCUGAGGGAGCUUUCUGAAUCAGACAACAGCGACGAAGAGUCAGAGGAGGAGUCAGACGUAGAGGGAAUGUACGAUGACAUUCAGUGGAACGGACAUUAGCAGAGAAGACGAACAAGGAAGUUGCAACAACCUAAGAUGAUUACAAUAAGAAUGAAGGUGGCAAAGCUCGGCACGUGUAUGAUUUUUUUGUUGCAAUGUCAUGCCGGGAUGAUGACAGCAAGGGUGACACAGCUGAUGGAGCACAUGUGCUGCCGAAACUGGCCAGGCUGGCGGCUCCAGAUAUAAAACAAGACAUUGACCACUGCUGGAGAGCAAAAUGCACACAUCCUAUCAGGCCUGCUGUGUGAGAGGAUCACAUGUGGGACAUUUAAAUAGACCCCGUACCAGCUCUGUUGUAUGAUACUGUAAAUCCUGUGUAUAUGAAGAUGUAUUUUUUAUGGAAGCUGUGAAUGUGUACAGUUUAGCAGGUUGUAUAUGUGAGAUGGCAAACAGUUCCAACGCACUCCAGUUAAAUUAAAACACUCAUAUUUAACA